GUGUUCACAAUCAUAACACUAGAGCCUAGAGUUUGUGCCUCUAAUCAGCUCGACAACAAUGGCGUUUGCGUCUCGUUCUGCGAUCCGCAAAGCAACCAAUUUCUCCGAUUAUCUUCUGCGAUCUUUCUCCACUUCCACUAAAUCCGCUCACCAUAACAAUCACCAGCAAACGCACAAAUACUUGGAGGCGAACGCCUUCGUUGGCAGCUGGGAGGCGCCGAAAGAUCCCAAGGAAGCGCAGGCCAGGCUCGCUCUGCUUCGUAGGGAUUACGCCAAGAAGGUGAAGCAGGUGCGGAAGAAUUACAUUCAGGAGGUCGAGCUCUUGAGACUCGAAAAGCAGCGUAAGGACGAAGCCAAGAGAGAGGCGCUUAGAGUGGUCAAUGAGGAACGUAAGAAGCUUAAAGCCGAAGCUGCGAAAGCCCGAGCCGAAGAGCGUAAGGUUGCCGACGAAGAGUUCCGACAGACUUUGAUGAAAGAACGAGCCGAGAAGCUCGAGCAUUGGAGAAUGAUGGAAAAGACGAGGGAAGAAAAGAAGAACGAAAAGAACGAGCUAAUAAGACGCCAGAGUCCCAUGUGGAUUGAUGAGAAGAAGUUGGAAGAGAAGCUCUUAGACGCCAUUGUUAAUACCACCCCUCUCUGAGUUUUAUUUCCGAGUUUUAUUUAGAGAAUUACUCUUACAUUGAAUUUUUGCAUAACCAAGUUUUUGUUCACUUUAGUUGGGUUAAGUAUUUGAACUUAAUGGAAUGUUAGUUCAAACUACACCUCUAAUUUGUGAUGAAAGCAGUUGACAUCUCGAAUAAAAUGGAGUUUUUUAA